AUGGAGCGACUGAGCAUGUGCAGCUCCCGCACCACUAUAUAAAGAUGGGGAUGAACUCUGUGGCUUUGAGUCACCAUAACUGCGACACUCACUCCUUUGUGCUUCACCAGACACAGAGCAACCGCCAGCCCCAAGAGCAGCUCCAGGCUGGAUCUGCACCAGACACAGGAGAAAGCAGCGGGCAGGCUGAGCAGGGGUGCUGAGGAUGGAGGAAAGCUGGGAGGCUGAGCACAGCUGAAGUCCUGAGCUCCCUGUGCCGUUGACUUUUCUGUGGGCUCGAGCAAGGACCAUCCCAACUCAGGAUGAACCCUCCUUCAGGGCCAAGAGUCCCGCCGAGCCCAACCCAGGAGCCCAGCUGCAUGGCCACCCCAGCCCCACCCAGCAGGUGGGACAGCUCCCAGAGCAGCAUCUCCAGCCUGGGCCAGCUUCCAUCCGUCAGUCCCACGGCAGCUGGGACUUGGGCUGCUGCCUGGGUCCCCUUCCCCACGGUUGAUGUUCCAGACCAUGCCCACUAUACUCUGGGCACAGUGAUCUUGCUGGUGGGACUCACGGGGAUGCUGGGCAACCUGACGGUCAUCUAUACCUUCUGCAGGUCUGUGCUUCAUGGAGUCACUGUGAUGAUGCAGAGCAGAGGCCUCCGGACACCUGCCAACAUGUUCAUUAUCAACCUCGCAGUCAGCGACUUCCUCAUGUCCUUCACCCAGGCCCCUGUCUUCUUCGCCAGCAGCCUCUAUAAGCACUGGCUCUUUGGGGAGACAGGCUGCGAGUUCUAUGCCUUCUGUGGGGCUCUCUUUGGCAUCUCCUCCAUGAUCACCCUGACGGCCAUCGCCCUGGACCGCUACCUGGUAAUCACACGCCCGCUGGCCACCAUUGGUGUGGCGUCCAAGAGGCGCGCGGCAUUUGUCCUGCUGGGCGUUUGGCUCUAUGCCCUGGCCUGGAGUCUGCCACCCUUCUUUGGCUGGAGUGCCUACGUUCCCGAGGGGUUGCUAACAUCCUGCUCCUGGGACUACAUGAGCUUCACACCGGCUGUGCGCGCCUACACCAUGCUUCUCUGCUGCUUCGUGUUCUUCCUCCCUCUGCUUAUCAUCAUCUACUGCUACAUCUUCAUCUUCAGGGCCAUCCGGGAGACAGGACAGGCUCUCCAGACCUUCGGGGCCUGCAAGGGGAGUGGCGAGUCCCUGUGGCAGCGGCAGCGGCUGCAGAGCGAGUGCAAGAUGGCCAAGAUCAUGCUGCUGGUCAUCCUCCUCUUCGUGCUCUCCUGGGCUCCCUAUUCUGCUGUGGCCCUGGUGGCCUUUGCUGGGUACGCACAUGUCCUGACACCCUACAUGAGCUCGGUGCCAGCCGUCAUCGCCAAGGCCUCUGCAAUCCACAACCCCAUCAUUUACGCCAUCACCCACCCCAAGUACAGGGUGGCCAUUGCCCAGCACCUGCCCUGCCUGGGGGUGCUGCUGGGUGUAUCACGCCGGCACAGUCACCCCUACCCCAGCUACCGCUCCACCCACCGCUCCACGCUGAUCAGCCAUACCUCCAACCUCAGCUGGAUCUCUGGACGGAGGCGCCAGGAGUCCCUGGGCUCAGAGAGUGAGGUGGGCUGGACACACAUGGAGGCAGCAGCUGUGUGGGGAGCCGCCCAGCAAGCGAAUGGGCGGUCCCUCUACGGUCAGGGUCUGGAGGACUUGGAAGCCAAGGCGCCCCCCAGACCCCAGGGACAGGAAGCAGAGACUCCAGGGAAGGUGACUGGGCCCGGUACCUGCCAAUCCGUAAAGGGGUGGGGAUUAGGGGUCAGUAGCCCAGGGAGAGGCCAGGAAAGGGAGACUUGUUCUCUUGGGCAGGGGCAAUGCCCUCCAGGAAUCACCUGCUCCCAGCACCUCUCAGCUUUUCCUUGUCUGCCUGGGGGUCUCUGUGACUCCGAGAUGCUCUGAGCAAGGCUUGCAUGUGGUCUGCGUGUGUGUAUGUGUGUGUGAUCAUGCAACUCUGACUCUGCACGGUGCUGUUGGCUGUGCUGUGCCAUGAUAAGUGUACAUGUGUGUGUUGAUAAGAGUAGGAGGUCUGCAGACGGCAGAACAUAGCUCGAGCAUGUGUGUGGCCAUGUGCCCGGCACAUGCUCUGUCACUGUAAC